AUGCUCCAAGACGCCAGUCCUUACUUUGGACAUGUUAGCACGACUGCCGACGCAUUUGUCCUCAUCAGACUCGCUCAAGAAGGGAAAAUCUCUCGUAUAACUCGGCGUAUCAACAUACAUCAGCUCAAGUUUGAACUCAAGAGUGGCGCAGUCUUUAUUUUCAGUCCAGGAGAGAGUAAGAUACAACGGUGGUAUGAUGGAUUGUCAUGGUCGGGGCCGACGACCAUAGGAAAUUUUGUGUUUCAACGAGAAGUGAUAGGCCGCAAAGACCAGGCGCAGGCCGCCUCUAGAGAGACGCAAUUUCAUUGUCUGUCGAAGGAGGGUUUCAACUUCAAGCCAAAUGGUCUCAUUAAGAAGAUGAUUACAAUGACCGUUGAAGAAACUGAGUACCGGGUCAUUUCGUACUAUGCCGCUUCAGACUGCCUUAAGGGAGAAUUAAACACAUCAUUUCCAUCGACGUCUGUGCCCAUGAAUUUUCGCCUCAUCCGCAAUGAUUUAUUAAACGUGGAACUACGAUUCGAACGGAACUCGCCAUCUCUGAGCCCAUAUGGCAAUACCUCGCUGUUUGAGAUAGAAUCAACAAUUGACCCUUCUGAGCGACAAAACAGUCAACACGAAAUGUUUCGACGACUCUCGCCACUCAGAUCAGCCCGACCCGCCAUCUCACGCAAACUCAAUGGGAUUCCAGCAUAA